AUGGAUGCUUGGAAUAGGUUGAGAGAUAUUUUCCAAGACAACAAACAUUCCCGUGUGGUAACUCUUGAGGACGAAUUGUCCAAUACUAAGAUGGAGAAUUUUCCAAAUGCUUCGGCAUAUCAUCAAUGUCUCAAGUCCCCUGCUGAUCAGUUGAAAAAUGUUGGAGCACCGAUGUCGAAGAGCCACCUCGUCAUUCAACUUGUUUUGGGUCUCACAAGUGCAUAUCAAGGUGUAGGGACGUUAAUUCGGCAGAGUGAUCCUCUACCUUCGUUUUAUCAGGCUCGGUCGAUGCUCACACUUGAGGAAGCCGAAUUGGCAAAGGAGGCUGCCAUGGGUUUGGAGUUGGCAAUGGUGGCUGCCUCACAAUCCGUUUAUGACUCAAAUUCCUCACAUUCGAACCAGUAG